ACACACACACACACACACACACACAGAGUGAGAGAGAGUCAUUCUGUGUGCUCCACCUGCUGUCUCAACUAAAGACAUUACUUCACACAGCAUUCACUUUGCACAUCUUUUCAUGUAAAAUGCGUAAGCGAUUUAUUCAAGUGUGUGGCUUCUUGAUAUCAACGCUGGGCUGGCUGUUUGUGCUGUGCACCAUGGCCAUGGACUACUGGAGGAUCUCUCAAAUAGGAGGCCAGGGCGGGUCGUUCAUCAUCAAGGUGGCCUGGUACUGGUCCAAUCUGUGGAAGGACUGCUUCACUGACUCCACUGCAGUGACAAACUGUAGAGACUUCCCGGUGCUGUGGAGCGUCACCACGUACGUGCAGGGCGUGCGAGGCUUGCUGAUGUGCGGCCUGACGCUGGGCUUCUUUGCCGCAGUGCUGUGCUUCCUGGGCAUGGAGUGCACUUACAUUGGCGGCCAGCAGCAGAGCAAGGACAAGAUGCUUUUUGCAGGCGCCGUCUUUCACUUUGUAGGCGGUGUGUCAGACAUCGCCGCCUACUGCUUAUACAUCAACAGGAUCGCCAGGACGUCCUUUGCUCCCAGCUUGGCGCCUGGAGUCUUGCGGUACGACUUAGGACCUCCCAUCUUCCUCGGGCUGGUUGGAUGUUUCUGCAUCCUUUUAGGGGCCAUCUUCUACGCCGUCACGGUCUACACGGUCAUCAAACCCAAGAGUCGAGUGGUCUACGCCUACGGAGGACGCACCUACAUGGACCCUCGCUCCAGAGGUAGAAGCCUGUACACAGGAUACUACGGACCCUACGGCAGACCCUCCAGGCUCUAUGGGACCUACUACGCCUCGGGACGAUCCAGCAGCUCCAGAAUCUCCAAGCUCUCUGGGACAACACCUGAGAAAAUGUCGGCCAGAGAUGCAUUCGUGUAGAAUUGAACAUUUGGACUGCGGGUUUGGAAGGAAACGCUUGUACUUAUCCAAUUUUUUUUUUUAAAUGGAUUUAUAAUAUGAUAUUGUUGUGUGAAUGCUCCAAUGCAUUCACACAUAUAUUUCUUCUUCUUCUUCUCAGAUGUUGGCGCGCUCUACCUUCGACAUUUUUCACAAAAUUCAGACCGUUCCAACUUCAAACUAUUCAGCCUAUUCGGGAUAAGCGAGCUUUCCCUUGACAAAUUUCAAAAAAUCCCCGAAUUUCAGGUUUUCCAGGACAUUUUUUUCCCGUUCAAAAUUAAUUGGCCAUUUUUCAAACUUCCACCAUUUCCACAUGUUUAACCUACUAUAACCAUUCAACACAUUCCACUCAUCCUGGACAUUCAAACUAUCAUUUUCCCAAGUUCAAAAAAAAUUCCAGGAAUUCCCUUAAUUUCAAACCCUUUUUUGAGCCUUUUUUUUGGCGACCAUUCCUCGCACAUUUUUCAACCCACUUAACCGUUCUACUGUCCAACCAUUCCUCUUAAUCAGGACAAAAAAAAAAAAGUUGUUUUUUGAACUGUAAAACGUCCCGUUUUUCCCGGAAUUCCUUAACACCAUUUCUUUAUUAAAAAUUUUACGACUUCAACAUUUCCAAUUUGAAAAAAAUCCAACACCAAACACUCAGAACAUUGAAGUCUGUUAACAGUUUUCAAAAAAAUACCACUUUUCCCAAAUUUCUAUGAAAUUCCCAUUGAAAUGAAUGGGACAUUUUUCAAAGUUCCACAAUUCCCACAUUUUUGUUCGAUUCUGACAUCGCACAUUUUUCAACCCACUUCAACUGUUCCACCGUCCAAUCAACCCUCUUAAUUAGGACCAAAAACAAAGUUGUUUUUCGAACUGGAAAAUUUCCCGGUUUUCCCGGAAUUCCUUAAUACCAUUUCACAAUUAAAAAUGUACUACUUCAACACUUCUCGACCAAUUUCAGGACAUAUAAGUAUUAACAUUUUCCCAAAAAAUCCUUCUUUACCAAAAAUUCCCAAAUUUCCAUGAAAUUCCCAUUGAAAUGAAUGGGACAUUUUUCAAAGUUCCACAAUUCCCACAUUUUUGUUUGAUUCAAACCAUUCCAACUUCAAACUGUUGAGCCUAUUCGGGAUAUGCAGGCUUUCCCUUGACAAAUUCCAAAAAUUCCCAGAAUUCCAGGUUUUCCAGGACAUUUUUUCCCAUUCAAAAUGAAUUGGCCAUUUUUCAAACUUCCACCAUUUCCAUAUGUUUAACCUAAUAAAACCAUUCAACACAUUCCACUCAUCCUGGACAUUCAAACUAUCAUUUUCCUAAGUUCAAAAACAUUCCAGGAAUUCUGUUUUUUUCAAACCCUUUUCUGACCCUUUUUUCUGGCGACUACUCCUCACACAUUUUUCAACCGUUCCACUGUCCAAUCAAUCCUCUUAAUCAGGACAAAAACCAAAGUUGCUUUUUGAACUCGAAAAUUUUCCGGUUUUCCCAAAAUUCCUGGAAAUUCUUAAUACCAUUUCUCAAUUAAAAAUGUUACUACUUCAAUAUUUCUCGACCGAUUUCAGAACAUAUAAGUCUAUUAACAUUUUCCCCAACAAUCCUGCUUUUUCCAAAAUCCCCAAAUUUCCAUGAAAUUACCAUUGAAAGUAAAGGACAUUUUUCAAAAUUCAACAAUUCCCACAUUUUUGUCCGAUUCAAACCAUUCUAACUUCGGAAUAUUCAGCUUGUUCAAAAUUGUGUGCUCUCCUUCAACAAUUUCCAAAAAUUUCCGGAUUUCCAAGAAUUCCCAGUUUUCAGGGACAUUUUCCCAUUCAAAAUGAAUUGGCCAUUUUUCAAACUUCCACCAUUUCCACAUGUUUAACUUAUUAAAACCAUUCAACACAUUCCACUCAUCCUGAACAUUCAAACUAUCAUUUUUCUAACUUACAAAAAAUUCCAGGAAUUCCCUCUUUUUCAGAGCCUUUUUUGACCCUUUUUUCUGGCAACUACUCCUCACACAUUUUUCAUAUGUUCCACCGUCCAAUCAAUCCUCUUAAUCAGGACAAAAACCAAAGUUGCUUUUUGAACUCGAAAAUUUUCCGGUUUUCCCAAAAUUCCUGGAAAUUCUUAAUACCGUUUCUCAAUUAAAAAUGUUACUACUUCAAUAUUUCUCGACCGAUUUCAGAACAUAUAACUCUAUUAACAUUUUCCCCAAAAAAUCCUGCUUUUCCCAAAAUUCCCAAAUUUCCAUGAAAAUCACAUUUGAAAUGAAUGGGACAUUUUUCAAAGUUCCACAAUUCCCACAUUUUUGUCCGAUUCAAACCAUUCCAACUUCAAAAUAUUAAGCCUGUUCAAAAUAGUGUGCUCUUCUUCAACAAUUUUUUUUUUAAUUCCCGGAUUUCCAAGAAUUCCCAGUUUUCAGGGACAUUUUCCCCAUUCAAAAUGAAUUGGUCAUUUUUCAAACUUCCACCAUUUCCACAUGUUUAACUUAUUAAAACCAUUCAACACAUUCCAUUCAUCCUGAACAUUCAAACUAUCAUUUUUCUAACUUACAAAAAAUUCCAGGAAUUCCCUCUUUUUCAGAGCCUUUUUUGACCCUUUUUUCUGGCAACUACUCCUCACACAUUUUUCAUAUGUUCCACCGUCCAAUCAAUCCUCUUAAUCAGGACAAAAACCAAAGUUGCUUUUUGAACUCGAAAAUUUUCCGGUUUUCCCAAAAUUCCUGGAAAUUCUUAAUACCGUUUCUCAAUUAAAAAUGUUACUACUUCAAUAUUUCUCGACCGAUUUCAGAACAUAUAAGUCUAUUAACAGUUUCCCCCCAAAAUCCUGAUUUUUCCAAAAUUCCCAAAUUUCCAUGAAAAUCACAUUUGAAAGGAAUGGGACAUUUUUCAAAGUUCCACAAUUCCCACAUUUUUGUCCGAUUCAAACCAUUCCAACUUCAGAAUAUUCAGCCUGUUCAAAAUGGUGUGCUCUCCUUCAACAAUUUUUUUUUAAUUCCCGGAUUUCCAAGAAUUCCCAGUUUUCAGGGACAUUUUCCCCAUUCAAAAUGAAUUUGUCAUUUUUCAAACUUCCACCAUUUCCACAUGUUUAACCUAUUAAAACCAUUCAACACAUUCCAUUCAUCCUGAAAAUUCAAACUAUCAUUUUUCUAAGAUCAAAAAAAUUCCAGGAAUUCCCUUUAUUUCAAACCCUUUUUUGACCCUUUUUUCUGGCGACCAUUCCUCGCACAUUUUUUAACCCACUUCAACCUAAUCAUUGUCUAAUCAUUCCCCUUAAUCAGGACAAAAAAUUUCCCGUUUUUCCCGGAAUUCCGUAACACCUUUUCUUGAUUAAAAUUUUUACGACUUCAACGUUUCCAAUUUGAAAAAAAAAAAACCAACCCAAACUACUCAAAACAUUCAAGUCUCUUAACAGCUUUCAAAAAAAUACCACUUUCCCCAAAUUUCUAUGAAUUUCCCAUUGAAAAAAAUGGGACAUUUUUCAAAGUUCCACAAUUCCCACAUUUUUGUCCAACUCCAACCAUUCCAACUUCAGAAUAUUCAGCCUGUUCAAAAUUGUGUGCUCUCCUUCAACAAUUUUUUUUUCAAAUUCCCGGAUUUCCAAGAAUUCCCAGUUUUCAGGGACAUUUUCCCCAUUCAAAAUGAAUUGGCCAUUUUUCAAACUUCCACCAUUUCCACAUUUUUAACCUAUUAAAAUGAUUCAACACAUUCUACUCAUCCUGAAAAUUUAAACGAUAAUUUUUCUAAGUUUAAAAAUUUCCAGGAAUUCCUCUUUUUUUCAAAGCCUUUUUUGAGCCUUUUUUCUGGCAACCACUUCACACACAUUUUUCAACCCACUUCAACCGUUUCACUGUCCAAUCAUUCCUCUUAAUCAAGAUAAAAAAACAGAGUUGUUUUUUGAACUGGGAAAUUUCCCGGUUUCCCCGGAAUUCCUGGAGUUCCUUCGCACCAUUUCUGAAUUAAAAAUUUUACGACUUCAACGUUUACAAUUUGAAAAAAAUCCAACACAACCACUCAGAACAUUCAAGUCUUUUAACAUCUUUCAAAAAAAUACCACUUUUCCAAAAUUUCCAUGAAAUUCCCAUUUGAAAGGAAUGGGACAUUUUUCAAAGUUCCACAAUUCCCACAUUUUUGUCCGAUUCAAACCAUUCUAACUUCAGAAUAUUCAGCUUGUUCAAAAUUGUGUGCUCUCCUUCAACAAUUUUUUUUUUUUAAUUCCCGGAUUUCCAAGAAUUCCCAGUUUUCAGGGACAUUUUCCCCAUUCAAAAUGAAUUGGUCAUUUUUCAAACUUCCACCAUUUCCACAUGUUUAACCUAUUAAAAUGAUUCAACACAUUCCAUUCAUCCUGAAAAUUCAAACUAUCAUUUUUCUAAGAUCAAAAAAAUUCCAGGAAUUCCCUUUAUUUGAAACCCUUCUUUGACCCUUUUUUCUGGCGACCAUUCCUCGCACAUUUUUUAACCCACUUCAACCUAAUCAUUGUCUAAUCAUUCCCCUUAAUCAGGACAAAAAAGCAAAGUUGUUUUUUGAACUGGAAAAUUUCCCGUUUUUCCCGGAAUUCCGUAACACCUUUUCUUGAUUAAAAUUUUUACGACUUCAACGUUUCCAAUUUGAAAAAAAACAAACAACCCAAACUACUCAAAACAUUCAAGUCUCUUAACAGUUUUCAAAAAAAUACCACUUUCCCCAAAUUUCUAUGAAUUUCCCAUUGAAAAAAAUGGGACAUUUUUCAAAGUUCCACAAUUCCCACAUUUUUGUCCAACUCCAACCAUUCCAACUUCAGAAUAUUCAGCCUGUUCAAAAUUGUGUGCUCUCCUUCAACAAUUUUUUUUUCAAAUUCCCGGAUUUCCAAGAAUUCCCAGUUUUCAGGGACAUUUUCCCCAUUCAAAAUGAAUUGGCCAUUUUUCAAACUUCCACCAUUUCCACAUUUUUAACCUAUUAAAAUGAUUCAACACAUUCUACUCAUCCUGAAAAUUUAAACGAUAAUUUUUCUAAGUUUAAAAAUUUCCAGGAAUUCCUCUUUUUUUCAAAGCCUUUUUUGAGCCUUUUUUCUGGCAACCACUUCUCGCACAUUUUUCAACCCACUUCAACCGUUUCACUGUCCAAUCAUUCCUCUUAAUCAAGAUAAAAAAACAGAGUUGUUUUUUGAACUGGGAAAUUUCCCGGUUUCCCCGGAAUUCCUGGAGUUCCUUCGCACCAUUUCUGAAUUAAAAAUUUUACGACUUCAACGUUUACAAUUUGAAAAAAAUCCAACACAACCACUCAGAACAUUCAAGUCUUUUAACAUCUUUCAAAAAAAUACCACUUUUCCAAAAUUUCCAUGAAAUUCCCAUUGAAAUGAAUGGGACAUUUUUCAAAGUUCCACAAUUCCCACAUUUUUGUUUGAUUCAAACCAUUCCAACUUCAAACUGUUCAGCCUAUUCGGGAUAUGCAGGCUUUCCCUUGACAAAUUCCCAAAAUUCCCAGAAUUUCAGGUUUUCCAGGACAUUUUUGCCAUUCAAAAUGAGUUGGCCAUUUUUCAAACUUCUACUAUUUCCAAAUGUUCAACCUAUUAAAGCCAUUCAACUUAUUCCACUCAUCCUGGACAUUCAAACUAUCAUUUUCCUAAGUUCAAAAAAAUUCCAGGAAUUUCGCUUUUUUCAAACCCUUUUUUGACCCUUUUUCUGGCAACUACUUAUCGCACAUUUUUCAACCGUUCCACUGUCCAAUCAAUCCUCUUAAUCAGGACAAAAACCAAAGUUGCUUUUUGAACUCGAUAAUUUUCCGGUUUUCCCAAAAUUUCUGGAAUUUCUUAAUACCGUUUCUCAAUUAAAAAUGUUACUACUUCAAUAUUUCUCGACCGAUUUCAGAACAUAUAAGUCUAUUAACAUUUUCCCAAAAAAUCCUGCUUUUUCCAAAAUUCCCAAAAUUUCCAUGAAAUUCCCAUUGAAAGGAAUGGGACAUUUUUCAAAGUUCAACAAUUCUCACAUUUUUGGCCGAUUCAAACCAUUCCAACUUCAGAAUAUUCAGCCUGUUCAAAAUUGUGUGCUCUUCUUCAACAAUUUUUUUUUUAAUUCCCGGAUUUCCAAGAAUUCCCAGUUUUCAGGGACAAUUUCCCCAUUCAAAAUGAAUUGGUCAUUUUUCAAACUUCCACCAUUUCCACAUGUUUAACUUAUUAAAACCAUUCAACACAUUCCAUUCAUCCUGAACAUUCAAACUAUCAUUUUUCUAACUUACAAAAAAUUCCAGGAAUUCCCUCUUUUUCAGAGCCUUUUUUGACCCUUUUUUCUGGCAACUACUCAUCACACAUUUUUCAACCGUUCCUCCGUCCAAUCAAUCCUCUUAAUCAGGACAAAAACCAAAGUUGCUUUUUGAACUCGAAAAUUUUCCGGUUUUCCCAAAAUUCCUGGAAAUUCUUAAUACCGUUUCUCAAUUAAAAAUGUUACUACUUCAAUAUUUCUCGACCGAUUUCAGAACAUAUAACUCUAUUAACAUUUUCCCCAAAAAAUCCUGCUUUUCCCAAAAUUCCCAAAUUUCCAUGAAAAUCACAUUUGAAAUGAAUGGGACAUUUUUCAAAGUUCCACAAUUCCCACAUUUUUGUCCGAUUCAAACCAUUCUAACUUCCGAAUAUUCAGCCUGUUCAAAAUUGUGUGCUCUCCUUCAAUUAAAACAAAUUCCCGGAUUUCCAACAAUUCCCAGUUUUCAGGGGCAUUUUCCCCAUUCAAAACGAAUUGUCCUUUUUGUAAACUUCCACAAUUCACACAUUUUUUCAACUGAUUCAGACCAUUCCAACAUCAACACAUUCAACUCAUCCAACUAUCAUUUUCCCAAUUUCCGAGCCAAAUUCCGUUUUCUCCUGGAAGUUCAAACCCUUCAACAUUCAAACAAUUCCAACAUUCAAACUAUUCUUACAUUCAUUCUACAUUCUGUCAUCAUUUCAGUCCAACUUCAGCAUUGGAUCAUUCACACGCAAAAAAAUUUUCAGGAAUUGUCUUAUCUAGUUCUGUGAUACUAUUCUUUCUCAGGAUCAGACACGGUCAUAAAUGUCAUUAAACAUAACGUUUAAAUGUUUUAACCACACAAAAUAUUUUUUCCUAUGUUGAAUUUCCUCUUUUGUUGAUGUUGUUACAAAGUUUUGCCAAACAAUGCCAGAGCAUCAAAUCAUUGGGUUGUGUUUUGUAGUGUUUUUUUGAACAGUCGGCCAUUUGUGAUGUCAUAGUGUGGUGGACGUACUUAUUUGGGCAUUUCUAGUACAAAACCCAACACCAGUCAAGUUGGCACGUUGUGUAAAUGGAAAAUAAAAACAGAAUACAAUGA